UUCAAUGCAAGUUGCGGUUGGCUCAAUGGAUUUAAAAAAAGAUUUGGAAUUCGUCUGUUAAAAGUCUGUGGUGAAAAAUUAUCAUCAAAUCCCGAUGGAGUCCCAGAGUUCAAAAAUAGACUUAAAAAACUAAAGGCCAAAUUUACAAUGCGGAUGAAUCCGGCUUGUUCUGGAAAACCUUACCCGAUAAAACUUACGUAAGUUCUUCUGAAAAAACUGCUCCUGGCAGAAAAAUUGAAUAAGCUCGAGUGACAUUUUUGGCAUGCACAAACGCAAGUGGAGUGCACAAGUUAAAACCGUUGGUAAUUGGCAAGGCAAAAAAAUCGCGAUCAUUUAAAAAUUUUGAGCUACCGGUCGAGUAUAAAAACUCUAAAAACGCUUGGAUGACUGCAUCAAUUUUCAAAGAAUGGUUUCAUCAUGCUUUUGUGCCACAGGUAAUUUUAUGGUUCUAACUCUUUGUCAAUUUUGUAACACUUGAAAUUUUUUUAACAUUUUGCAUUAAAAGCAGUUUUGAUUUUAGACAAUGCUCCUUGUCACCCUGGUGUAGAAGGCUUAAAGUCAGAUUGUGGAUCAAUUUUUACUAUCUUCAUGCCACCAAACGUCACGCCAUUGAUCCAACCGAUGGACCAAAAUGUAAUUAGAUUGACAAAGUUACAUUACAAGACAAAUUUAUUGAGAUCAGCGUUUGGAAAAGCGAACACAGAUGAAUAUUUAAAGAAUUUAAAUUUAAAAGACGCUGUUUGUAUGUUGGCACAAGCAUGGGAACAAUUAAGCCCUGUCGUCGUGGAAAAAUGCUGGCAUCCGCUUUUAAAAGAUGAUGUUUUUAAUGAAGAAGGAGCAAACUGUAGCGAAGAUGACGACAUCCCCUUGAGUGUCUUACGUUCAAAUACAAUUCAGCAACAAUCAACAGAGUAUGCGGAAAUAAAUAAUUUGCUGGAGAGCAUAGUUCCAGAAGUUACGUUUAAUACAGCAGAUUUGGUUGCUUGGGUUUCAACGGAUGACCCUAUUGAAGACUUGAAUAUAGUGGAUGACGUUGCUGUUUUAAGUUCAGAAGAAGACGAAGAAAAAAUUAAAAUUGCAAUAUAACCCCUUCAGAAGCCGUUUCAGUCUUUGACAAGGCUAUAGAGUGGGCCGAAGAAUACACUAAUUCUCUUCCUAAUAUA